GAAUCACUAAAUAAUAUUAGUAUCAGUAACGAGAGAAUCAACGAAUCAUCAAAUAUUAUUAGUAUAAAUGAAGAAAUAAUCGACAAACCACCAAUGAUAAUUAGUGUAAAUGAGGAGAAAAUCAACGAAUCACCAAAUAAUAUUAGUAUCAGUAAUGAGAGAAUCAACGAAUCAUCAAAUAUUAUUAGUAUAAAUGAAGAAGUAAUUGACGAAUCACUAAUGAUAAUUAGUAUGAAUGUGGAUGACCCACUAAUUAUUACUAGUGUAGAUGAGAAUAUAAAUGAAGAAAUAAUUUUUGACGAACCAAUGUUAAUUAAUACGAAUAUGGACGAGCCAUUAAAUAUUAUUAGUAUGGAUGAGAAUGAAAUUGACGAAUCAUUAAAUAUUAUUAAUAUAAAUGAAGAAGUAAUUCCAAUGAUAGCUGGUACGAAUAUGGACGAGCUACUAAGGAUAAUUAAUAUGGAUGUGAACGAAUCACUUACUAGUAUAGAUGAGAAUGUAAAUGACGAACCAUCAAAAAAUAUUAAUAUAACUGAGGAGAAUAUAGACGAACCACACAAUAUUACUGAUAUAAACGAAAAAAGAAUUGACGAAUUACCAAACAUUAUUAGUAUAAAUGGAAUUGAGGAACGUGCAGAAUUUAUCGAAAAAAGUGAGGAGAUUGAUGAGCAAAUAAAAAAGGUUGACAAUAACAGCACAGACGAAGAAGGAACAAGAAUUGUUGAACAAGUAAAUAAUGCUCAAACCAACGAGGAAGAGAUUAUCGGACUAAUAAAUAAUGAUCAAACGAAAGGGGACGAGUCUGUUGAUAAACUUAGAAGAACACGAGAAGAAAUUAAGGAAAAAUCGAUGAAUUUUUCAGUUGAGGAAGGAAUCAAUGAAAAAUUAAGUAAUAUUAGCGAAAAUGAGGAACAUCUUAUGAGCCAAGAUCUACUAAAUUAUGUUUUAACGCGCGUGGAAGAAGAUGAACGAGAAAAUGUCUUUAUAAAUAGGGAAGAACAAAGUAAUGUUAUUGAUGAGGAGGGACGAAAUGACAUUAUAACAAAUGAGAAGGGACGGAAUGACAUUAUAACAAAUGAGGAGGAACUAAAUAACAUUAUUACAAAUGAGGGGGAACGUAAUAACAUUAUAGAA